AUGUUCGCUCCCGGUCAAGAACAGCUUUCCAAGGAGGAGCUCAGGGCUUCUGAGGCUCAGGCUAGCCAGACCGUCCGCGCCGCCAUCACCGGCGGUAUCCUCCUCUACCUCUCCCCCUUCGCCGUCGACUUCGUCAAGAAGUUUCUCUAG